CGCCCCGCUGAGGAGAGGGCAGGGCCGGGUAGUGAGGGGCUGGGCCUGCCCGCCGAGCUGCCGCAACCCGCCGGGUUGUGAAUCAAUCCAAGAAUGAGCAAAUAUAAGAAGUCUUACACUGACAAGGCUACAAACCUUGAAGGGUUCAGCCCUGAAAUUCUUUCAGAAAUCGAGCAGCUCUUUGCAAAGAAGUUUACUUACACCAAGCCAGAGAGUGGGGAGUGGCAGCUCCCAAAUCCCAGCGAUGCUUUUACCUCCGACCAUAAGGAAUUCGACUCCCUCCUGGCUCUGAAGGACUCCAUGAACGAAGUGAAGAAUCAGCUGAGUGACAAGAAUUUGGAUGAAUGGCACCAGCACACCUCGCUCACCAAUAAAGCUGGGAAAAUCAUUCCUCACGUGAAGAAAUCUCUGAAUGCUGAGCUCUGCACCCAGGCCUGGUGCAAGUUCCACGAGAUCCUCUGCGGUUUCCCUCUUCUCCCUGAAGAAGCUCUGCAGGAUGGAGAACUGAAUUCUGUCCACCUCUGUGAAGCCCCUGGAGCUUUUAUAGCCAGCCUUAAUCACUUCUUGAAAUCCCACCAGGUCCCUUGUGACUGGAAUUGGGUUGCUAAUACCCUAAACCCCUACCAUGAAGCAAACGACACCCUCACGAUGAUCGUGGACGACCGCCUGAUAGCCAACACCUUGCCUUGGUGGUACUUUGGCCCAGACAACACUGGUGAUGUGAUGACACUGAAACACCUCACAGGACUUCAGAGCUUUGUCAGCAACAUGACCACAGUUCACUUGGUAACUGCUGAUGGCAGCUUCGAUUGCCAGGGAAAUCCAGGUGAGCAGGAGGCUCUUGUCUCCCUUCAUUACUGUGAGGCAGUCACUGCUUUAAUGAUCCUGGGCACUGGGGGAUCCUUCGUCUUGAAGAUGUUCACCCUGUUUGAGCACUGUUCUACCAAUCUGCUCUUUCUCCUCAACUGUGCUUUUGAGGAGGUCCACGUCUUUAAGCCAGCCACUAGCAAAGCUGGAAACUCAGAGGCUUACGUGAUUUGUCUUCGUUACAUGGGCAGGGAAAGCAUUCAUCCUCUGCUUUCAAAGAUGAUACAGAACUUUGGAGCAGAAAUGGUCAAGAAAGCACUUUUCCCCCAGCAUGUGCUACCAGAAUCUUUUCUGAAAAUACACGAAGAGUGUUGCAUGUUCUUCCACAAGUGCCAGGUGGAGACCAUCUCUGAGAACAUCCAUCUCUUUGGGCACAUGCAAGAGGCAGAGCAGGUGAGACUGAACAAGCUGAGAGACUGUGCAGUGGAGUUCUUCAUGCAAAGACUGCACAUGAAGCCCAUUGCCAGGAAUAACUGGCUUGUCAAGAAAUCUCAGGCUGGUUGCAUCAUGAAUGCAAAAUGGUUUGGGCAAAGAAGCAAAUACUUCAGUACCUACAAUGAGAGGAAGAUGCUGGAAACCCUUACGUGGAAGGAUAAGGUGGCAAAGGGCUAUUUUAAUCACUGGGCUGAAGAACACAGUUUAAAUAAUGCUGGUAAAGUGUGCAUCCUGGAGGGAUUGCCUUCUAACCUGGAGUGUAGCUUGUGGUAUGCUUUAGAAGGAAAAAGACUCCCAGGGGUAAAAUGUUCUCCAUUUUGUGAUGGUCAAGUCUUGGAAAAUCUUAAUGAAGCUAUGAAUGAAUUGGUUGGGGGGAGGCUGAAAAGCAGACAAAUGCUGCAGGCUUGUCAUUCCUGUGAAGUUCUUCCUGGGGAGCUGAUACUGGCAGAAGUGUCUGAUCUUUCCAGGUGUCAUCAGGAAAUCCUAAAUGAAGGAUGUGGUGACCAAGUCAGGUGCCUUGUGGUGGACUUUCCACCCCUCUCUGAUACUGGAAGCCAACCCGGGCUGGAAAUACAGCUCCUGAACUCAGCCACACUGCUGACUUUCAGCUUCUCUUUGCUUUAUGAUGGUGAACCAAAGUACCAGCAGCAGCUUUUGGAGUGUGUCCUGCAUUCAUUGACUCAGCUUACAGUGGGAGAUGCCUUGAUCCUGCCUAUCCUCUCUUGUUUCACACGUUUCACAGCUGGCCUGGUCUUUAUCCUGCACUGCUCUUUCAGAUGUGUCACCUUUGCUUGCCCAACCUCCCAGGAACCUCUCAGGACUGGGGCUGCUCUGCUCUGCAUUGGUUACAGAGGCCUCCCAGCUCCUGUUGUUCAGUAUCUGCAGCACCUGAGUCAACUCAUGAGCUCUUUGCUAGACACAGACUCUCCCCAGCAGGUUCUGCAGUUUGUGCCCAUGGAGGUUCUCCUCCAAGGCAAGCUGUUGGAGUUCCUGUGGGAUUUAAACACAGCCAUUGCAAAGAGACAGCUCCACUUGAUUGUGCAAGCUAAGCAGCAGCAGCAGACUGAUGAUAUUUCACUUUAAAAUCACUCUAUAGAGUUGAGCAAGUUGCUGCUGCUAGACCUUGUUUCACAGGCAGGUAGAAGGUGUUAAAAACAUUGUUUAAUGUGAAGGUAAUGUUACUGUAAAACCUUGGUGUGAGAUUGUCAGUGUUGGGAGGGUGUUUGGAACUAUCAAUCCCACUUGCAUCUCAUUAGCCUGACCUGAGUGAGACUCAGUCUCAGGCCUGGGGGGCUUGGGAGGGACAGGGAUGGGAGUGGAGAAGCUGUUUCUCUGUCUCAGCUCUCCCUGAACUGAUCUUGUUGCAUGCUACAUGGGUCAGAACUGAGGCCUUGGUGAUGAUGAGAGGUGCCACGGUGCUUUGUUGCCUCAGGCUGGACCCUGGAGGACACUUGUGUGGCAUUAACCCUCUUCCUGUGAAGCAGAACACAGAGUUUUGCCUCACCUAGGUACUUUUCCCAGGCUUUGCAGAAGCCAAAAAUGGGAGGUUUGGGGCAGGCUGUUCAGCAGUUGUGCAAACCUGAUGCCAGUCAGGCUUCAGGGCUGAGCAUCCUGUGAGCAGGCAGCUGUCAGGGUUACCAGUGUGGUAACCAGAGGUGUUCAGGAAGGAUGCUUUGGUUUCAGUUUUCUUACUGGGGAGCAGGUUUUUGAGGAGUUGUUGUAUGGCUUUGCCUCCCCAUCAAUGAAGGGGCUGGAAUAAUGUUAAUUUGAAGUGGCUCAGGGUCCUCUAGAGGAGUUGGAGGUUCCUGAGCGAAAGUGAAGACUUGGAUCUGUGCCUGCAGCUAUUAGUGAGGGGACUGCAAGUCUUUUCCAGGCUGUAAAACAUGCUCAUGCCCAGCGUUGUGUAGCCAGAAAUGCUCUGGGUACCACUGCAGGAACAUAAAGCUGAAGAAAUACUUGAUAACUUCCUUUGGGAAAGUGCUCUGAAAACUUCAGUUGGUUUCUCUUAAGGAUAAACCCAACGAAAUUGGUGACUGACUGUUCCUUUAAAGGAGUAAAACUUUGUUUUCCAUAUUGCUCCUUUUGAGGCCUAAUUUGUGUGUGUAUUAACAUUCAGCUUGAAGUUUGUGGUUUAUGUGGAAAAACCUGCUCAGGGGGAGUGUUGAAAGGAAAGGAAAAAUGCCUUUGUUCUUGUUGCUUGCAAAAUCUUGUAGAAAAAGGUUGAAAGAGUGGAUAUAGCAGGAAAAUAGAGUCUCCUGAUGAAUUACCAGUCACUUUCUGGAAGCACUUCUAAUUAUAUAACGUGGGCUCUUGAAGGAUAAUUGAUUACCAGCAAGGGAUUAAAAGCACUGCUGAAAAACUGUUUUGUCUGGAGGUGCUGCACAUUUAAUGGGAUUUCUUACCACAUUGAUCGGGGCAGAGUUGAAUGCAUUUAAGAAGUCAUUUUUUAUUUAAGAACCUGAUAGGUGAAUGAGUUGAUGGCUCAGGUCUGGCUAAUUCAGAAGAUUUUGGGAAAAUCUUGCUUUUUACCCUUCCCCAGAAAUAGAAGCUGCCUAACAAAAGCCUCUGGGAUUGGUCAUUGUCCAUUUUAAUUGAUUGAAAUGAACUUGUUUGGUUCUUGUGUGUGUGAGCUGUGUCAGAGGAAGGGAAGAAACAGGCUACAUGGUAGGAGGCACACACACAGUAGUAGCUUCUCCUGUAAAUCAGUUUUGACCCUGUAAACCCAAGCAGGGCCAUCUAGGAACUUUGUGAAGGUAAAAAAAAAAUAAAAUCCUAAAAGCCAGAAUAAAGAAGAGGUGAAAAAGAAGAAAGCAUGGAUGAUGAGUGACAGUAUUGAAGAUCAUCUAUAACAACCUUCUGUAUUUGAAAUAAAAAGCAGGAUGAAGGUAUUGUCCAUCAGACACCCCCCUGCCACUUUUCAGAGGUGAUUUAUGCUCCUGAAGCUCCCACUGAGCUGAAGCAUUUGAAGCCUUCUCCUAGAGCAGAGGUGAGGAGGUGUUUCAGGUGUGCUUACACUGUGAUGCUCUGCCAUGGAGGCAUGAGGAGUGAGAGCUCAUCUAGUAGCUGCUUCAGUAAUUUGUUUUAUUUCUCACUAAGAUUACCCUAACGUUUUAAAUUAUUAUUUUAUAGGAAUUUUGAGGUGUCUGACUGAGAAGAUGCAUUUGUUUUUUUUCAAGCUUUCCUUUGUUCUGUACAUCUGAUGAAGCAUUCAGGCUCCCUUGAGAUUUCUUCCUUCAUCAUCCCAUCAUUCCCUGGAUCAUCAGCCUCCCUUUUUUUCAUAAAUUUUCAGGGGAAAACAUUUUAGAUAUCCAUAAAGCUAGGGCUGGGCACUUCCAAGAUAGGCUAGACCAGGCUGAUGGGGAAACAUAAUUGGGAAUUACAAAAAACCAACCCAAAUAAACUGUGCAAGGCCUUCUGUGGGAAGCCUGGUCUCUGAGCUGAAGGAAAUCCAGUGUCCUGUGGAUCCUGAUGCCUGACUUGUUCUGGAGCUUUUUUGUUUGUUGGGGAGAUGAUGGGAGAGAUGCUUUGUUGGCAGCUGAUCCUUCUGUUCAAAAAGAAAGUUGUUUUGUUUUUUUAUUGUUGUCAUAAACAACAAGGGCUCAGGCUUAGAAAUCACAGAGUCAUGAGAGUUGUUUUGUCCUGGCUGUCUUCAGACCAAAGAUUUCUGAGAAAAGUGGCACUGAAUUUCUGGUGUGACUCUUGGAGUGUGUAAGAAUGCUCAGGAAGAAUGUAAUAACCUUUGUGCUGAGGCUCUGAUGUCUCCUGCCUUCACUGAGCCUGGCAGGUUUUGGCCAAUUUGAUCUGAUUUUGGGUGACACCUGGUGAAGUGUCUCAGUAUCCUGGCUGCUUUUAGGUUAGUGGGGUUUUUUUGUUGUUGUUUUGGCUUGGGGUUUUUUUGUGGGUUUUUUUU